CUAUAACCGAUCAUCGCCUCUCUGCGACUGGCCAAGGUCGUUCGUCACCGUCGCACCGGUGUCCGUUGCUCAAGCACUUUGCUAUUUCGUUAACUCCGAGAGAACGCGCCGAACUCCGCACUACGGCGUCCGAUUGCUUCGGUGUCUCCGAGACGGUUCAACGUCACGCCGGCAAAGUACUCGUCGUCGUUUAUGACGGCUUCAAAGUCGACCAGUAGUCCGUUGGUGGUCCAAGAAUAGCGCAGGAAUUGAGAGCCAACGACAAACAAAUGGUUCUCCGCAUACAUUGUUAGCGACAUCAGCUAAGAAUCCAUCAAUAUGGCGCUAAUCACCCGUGUUGUUAUUGCACUCGCAUGCCUCUGCCAGUGCAUCGACGGAUUGCGAAUAUUAGGUUUAUUUCCUCUGCAUGGAAAAAGUCAUUUCGUUAUGUGCGAGAGGCUAAUGAAAGGCUUGGCUGAGAAGGGCCAUCAAAUAGAUGUAUAUAGUCAUUUCCCUCAGAAGAAGCCUGUUCCAAAUUACAAUGACUUUAGCCUCGACGGCACGCUACCAAAAAUAGUCAAUAACAUGUCCUAUGACGUUUUUAAACAAUUUCAAACUGUCAACAUGGAAAUAAUGAUGAAAGAAAUCGCCAAUCCAGUCUGCGAUUUGCUCGACAUACCUAUAUUUCAAAAGCUUAUCCAGGACUUGAAAACGAAUCAACCGUACGACGUUGUUAUCAUCGAAGUGUUCAUAUCAAAUUGCUUUCUUGCCUGGGGGCGACAUCUCAACAUUCCGAUGGUGGGAAUAAUGACUAGUACAUUGUUCGACUGGUACAACGAGCCACUAGGAAAUCCGAUGAACACGGCCGUCACUCCCGCCGUCUGGUCGGGAUUAUUUCACCCGAUGAGUUUCUGGCAAAGGCUGAGCAAUACUCUGCUCUACUGGACAGUCAGUGGACAGUUCAACUAUUACAUUCGCGACCAGAACAGGUACGUCGAGAAACACUUUGGCAAGGACUACCCUGACGUGACCGACCUGCCGAAGGAUCUGGAUCUGCUGCUGAUCAAUUCGCACUUGUCCCUCGACGGCGUUCGGUCGUUCACGCCCAGUAUCAUACCGGUCGCGGGUGUGCACAUCGACGACGACGCCGCCAAGUUGCCCGCGCAAGUACAAAAGUGGCUAGACGACAGCAAGCACGGCUGCAUCUACUUCUCCUUCGGUUCCAUGGUCAGAAUCGAGACCUUCCCGCGAGCAGUCCUCGACGCCUUCUACGCCUCAUUCCAAAAGCUGGCCCCCGUGCGAGUGCUCAUGAAAAUUGCCAAGCCGGAAGUGCUGCCUCCGGGUCUGCCCUCCAAUGUCAUGACGCAGCCCUGGUUCUCUCAGCUGCAAGUGCUAAAGCACAAACACGUGAUAGCUUUCGUCACGCACGGAGGACUGAUGAGUACCUUGGAGUCCAUUUAUGCCGCUGUGCCCAUGGUUGGCAUCCCAUGUUUCGGUGAUCAAACGCUCAACGUUCAGACGCAAGUUCAGCGCAAAACUGCAACGUCGAUCAAACUGGACGAAAUUACGGAAAGCAGCGUCACCUGGGCCAUUCGGGAAGUGAUUCAAAAUCCCAUUUACAAGAAAAACGUGGAGCGGCUGUCCAAAAAGUUCCUCGAUCGUCCCAUGAGUGCCAUGGACACUGCGAUCUUCUGGAUCGAGUACGUCACUCGACAUGGAAAGAAGGCAUUGAGAGCGCCAGUCGUCGACAUGCCUUGGUGGCAGGCUCACUUGAUCGAUGUCUACGCUUUUAUCGCGUUCACGCUCGUAGUGGCUUAUUAUUUACUCAAAUGCAGUCUCAAACUCAUCAUCAGACGUUGCUGCCGCUUUUCCAAAAAUGCUCAAAGCAAGAAAGUAAAAAAGCAUUAGGAACUUUUCCGAUCAAAAUUUUCUGUAAUUAUAUGACAUAGUUUGAAUUGUUUUAUCAUACAUCGUUUCUAUCAUUAGUGAUAGAAUUGGUUCAGCGCGCUCAUCGUUUUCGCCUUUCUUCACAUUCAUUUUAAUACACGAAUGCAGAUCAAAACUUAUAAUGGCCAAAUUGAAAAUAUGACAAUUCAAUAUACAUAUUAAAUAUUCCCAUGAUUUCAUAUGAGAUAUAACCGACUCAUGAUUAAAAAAUGUUAUCAAUGAAGUUUGAGCGAGUUCUUUAUUGGAAAUUCAUCAAAAAGUUCCAAAAACAUGACAGAAAAUGUAAUAUAAGCUAUAAAAACACCAUAGCGUUUUAUAUAACCAUAUCUUUCAUGGUAUAUAAACAGCACACUUCGGUAUAUAUUCACGGUUAUAAUUAGUGCAUUGUCAAAAAAAUUUUCUAAUGUUUUAUGUAACUGAAUACAGCCAAAAGCACUGUACAAUAUUGUAGUCACAAUCUACGAUUUAUAUCUUUUAUUGCCUAUUUUGUUUAUUCGAAGCUAAACUUAUUCGCAUAGUGCUAAAUUCAAUUAAUUUCUCUAUCGAGGUAUCGGACGGUUUUUAUUUUAAAACUAGUGUGAAUAAAUCAAUCAAUUCAAUUAAAUUUAUGCCACUUAUACGCAUAUGCUUUCGAACGAAAAUCUGCAAUAAUCUUUCAUGCAUGUACACAACAGACAUAUACUAUCACGUAACAAAUGCUCCUGUGACUAUUCUUUGGCCAAUAAAAUCACGAAUAAACUGCCUUCACUUUUCAGGCUAUUACAUUUUUAAGAAAUUAUGAUAAUUAGGACAUAAUGCAGUUAGAAUACAUAUAAAAAUUUGUAUUCCAUUACUGAUUUCCUUUAUUAGAAUCGCCAGAUAAGCAAUUGUUACUGAAAGUACGACUACGCUUUAUCUUUGACAAAACCGUCAAAUAAGUUUCUGAAAAUUAUUGGCAAAAUCAUUCUAUAAUACAAGCUACCUAUUAAAACAAGAUCAAAUUUUUACACUUGAAUUCUUAUGAUAUAAGAAACCGAGUUCAAGAUAUACAAACUCACUUGGUACAAUUAAAAUUAAAGAUAUUUAACUAUAUAACUAAGGUUAAAAAAACUUUAAUUAGUAAUAGUUCAUUUACGAUAUUUAAUCUGUCACCGUAUGAAUUUAUGAAGGUAUCGAUUUAGUGUGAUUUCAGACUGGAAAUAUUUUAGUUUUAAUAUUAAUGUUAACUAUAAUUAUGAUCACGGCAAAACCUUAAAAUCAUAUGUGUUUAAAUUUAAACGUUUUAAGUGUGUAAUUGUGACGUCGCCCAUAAGAAAUACAUUGUCGCUGAAUUUAAACGUUUAGAAGACCGAUGCGAAAACAGCUCGACACAAAUAACAUUUUAUAAAAAAAAAUGAUCACAUCUCACGUAUGUCUAAUUGUACUUCUCGAAAAAAUAAUUAUUUGUUAUUGUACCAUUAUAUUUCUCAGAAAAAAUAAAAAAUAUCGUUAUCGAUAAUUCACCUCCUAUUUAUUCACAUAAAAGACAUAAUUAAGCAAAAAUAAAUCCACAGAAAAAUUGUACCUUCUGUAGUCUAAAUUGUACCAUGAGUACAAUUCUAUAAAUUUGUUUCUAAAAGAAAUAAUAGGACAAUUACAAAUUACCACUAAUUGUUACAACUUACAAGUGUCAUCCGGAAAUGCACUUUGCGCAGGCUUUGUAAUUGUCCUAUUAUUUCUUUUAGAAACAAAUUUAUAGAGCUGUACUGAUGGUACAAUUUAGACUACAGAAAGUACAAUUUUUCUGUGGAUUUAUUUUUGCUUAAUUAUGUCUUUUAUGUGAAUAAAUAGGAGGUGAAUUAUCGAUAACGAUAUUUUUUAUUUUUUAUGAGAAAUAUAAUGGUACAAUAACAAAUAAUUAUUUUUUCGAGAAGUGCAAUUAUACAUACGUGAGAUGUGAUCAUUUUUUUUAUAAAAUGUUAUUUGUGUCGGGCUGUUUUCGCAUUGGUGUUUAGAAGUGUUUAAAAUUGAGGACAAUGUAUUUCUUAUUGGUGACGUCAUAUUAAACGUUUAAAUUUAAACACAUGGGUUUACCGUGGAUAUAGCUAAUAACACAUAUUAUAUAUAAUAUACACAAUGAAUAAGAGGUUAAUGUUUCUUUUGCGAAUGGACAAUUUUCUCGAGUCUGCGCAUACUAGUAUCACCAACUGUAUUGCUACAUAAUAAAUAAAAUAAAAAUAAAUAUCCAUACCGAAAUUAAAUAUAUGGCUGUACGAAACUAGAAAUAAGAGUGUUUAU